AUGGAUAUGCCUGUGAAUGUUCCUAUUGAUGACCCUAACGCUGAUACUGAAUGGAAUGACAUACUCCGCAAACAUGGAAUUAUACCCGAGAAACCGCCCUCCCCUACACCAAUUAUUGAAGAAGCAAUUCUGGAAGCUCGGCAGCGAGAACAUGAAAAUCGACUCGAGAAUAAAGACCUUGACGAGCUAGAUGCGCUAGAAGAUGACGAAGAUGAAGAAUUUCUCCAGAAGUACCGUAAAAAGCGUAUGGAGGAGCUUUCUCAAUUGCAGAAAGCGAGUGUCCAUAACCAAGUAUACCCUCUCCAAAAACCGGAUUACUCCAAAGAAGUUACAGAAGCGUCGUCGCAGUAUUUUGUCAUGGUGAACCUUACUUCAUCAAUGGGAACAAACGUCGAAUCCCGAGUACUGAGCGAAAUAUGGCAACAGCUUGCCGUCAAGUAUGGAGAUAUAAAAUUCUGCGAAAUGCGCGCGGGAAUGUGUAUUGAGGGCUACCCGGAGAAAAACACCCCCACGAUUUUAAUCUAUAAGGAUGGAGAUAUCAAAAGACAAAUUGUCACGCUUCGAGAGCUUAAUGGCUCAAAAACAAGAAUUGAAGAUAUUGAAAAGGUUCUUGUGGCUGUGGGUGCGCUGGAAGAAAGUGACAGUCGCCUUAAAAAACAGUCUGAUAUGCCCCGUAGAAAUGACAGUGACGAAGAAUAUCUUGAUGAUUGGGAUUAA